UUUCAGGAAUAAUGAAGGUUCCUCUAACUUCACUAGUAAUAAACUGGAGUAAAAUUGAGAAUGCUUGUCCAGAAUUCAUACCAAAUCACUGGGACCUUGUUUUGGCGACCAUUGCUGUUUUCGGUGUUGUGGCAAGCUUGAUUCUGAUUUGCAAUUUCAGAAAACAAAUGAAAGAAUCUGUAUUUUUGACAAAUCUAGCGGAAUUGGACUUUGGAUUCUGCCUGCUUUAUCUCUGGAUGUAUUUCUUCUCAAGCGGGGCAGUGUAUUUCAAAAAUAAAACAAUGGUAGAACUGCGCGUUUAUUUUCAAGUUGAAGACCAAAUUGUCAAAGAUUUUUUCGAGACGGCCAUCGUUCUUCUCAUGUUCUUUAUUAUCCUCGAAAAGUUCCUUUGGACGUGUUCUUCAAGAACUCGCCAAAUUUUUAGAGUAGUUACAAUUGGGAAAAAUAAAUAUUGGUUGGCAUUGAUUGGUUGUAUAGGAUAUUCUGUGCUCUCUGCGUUUAUCCAGUCUCGUAGUCUUUUGCAAUACGGCGAGGUUCCAUUCUGCGAUUUGCUGUUUCGCCCAGUUGGAGCAGACACUCCCUUUCUCCGUGUUCCUCGAGAGUAUGUGCUUCCGUGGGUCCCAAUAAUUGCCGUUAUUCUGACUUUCAUAUUUGCAUUGAUCACAUUGUGCAGAAUAUCACGUGUUGGUGAGGGAGAGAAACCUUUGAAUCAGGAAGAAGUGGAUCUGGCAAAUGUUGCAGCAGAGACUCCUAGACUAACAACUGGUAAAAUCAAGAGAUCGAUAAUCUGCAUGCUCGCUGUCUACUUCACAUUUCUUGUUCAUGCAUUCUGUUUCUAUGUCUACAUAAGCCCUUUUACGACGAACAUUAACUCAGAGACCAGAAAUACUAGAAUCCUAAGAAACUGGUCAUUUGAUUUCAUGAACGUCGUAUUUGCUGGAUCUAGAAUUAUCGUCUAUUAUGUAUUUUGUCGUAACCAAAUGGUUGUGGAAUUUGCACCAAAUGCUCUACAAAAUGCUGCAUAAUUAAUUUUAAUCAUUAAAUAAGCUUUUUAACGUGAGAAAAUGAUGCAAAACUGCACAAAAGCUUUUGAACUAUUUAUUAUCGUUUUUUAUAUGUUGUUACCAUCCGUUCUUUCCAGCUUUCUUAUAAAACUUUCUACAACUGAAC